AUGCUAGACGAGAGAAAUUUCGGUUUGCCAGUGUACUUUUGUGAAUGUGAUCAGUGUCCUGAGGCCACUCAGUUUAUGGCAACAGUUACAGUUGGUGACCAAAUUUUUGAGAGCUCUGGAUCCUUCAACACUUCGAAAGACGCUGAAAGUGAUACUGCAAAGGUUGCUUUAAUGUCUUUCUUAAUGGAAAACUUUCAAGAGGACGAGUCUCGAGUUUACAAGAAUCUCUUGCAAGAGCUAGUUCAGAGAGAAGAUUUAAGCACUCCAGUUUAUAAAACUAUAAAACGUGGUGAACCCCACAAGCCUAUUUUCUUUACUAGUGUGGAGCUGGAUGGAGAAAUAUUCCAUGGGAAAGCAGCAAAAUCCAAGAAACAAGCAGAGUUGGAUGCUGCAAGGGCUGCCUAUGUCGCUCUUCAGGAACGAGCACAUACUCCCAAAUCAACUUGGAGCUCUUGUGUGGCCUAUGACUUGGGGCAGAGUCUAAAACACCAAUGCAUUUUGGUUCCACAUCAACCUCAGAUUUAUGUUGAAGCUAAAGAGAAGUUUGGUACAUUAGCAUUCGGCGAAACCACUGUAAGCACAAUGGAAGUGGACAACUCAUACCCUGCAAUAACAUCUCAUAUGGGUAAUUUUGUAGUUUGGUCAAUUGGCAAGAGAAGUGAUUUUGCUCAUGAUUUCUAUUUCAACGACUUGUUCUUUUUUGACAGAUAA